GAACUAUUUGAAUAAUGCCAUGAGCGUUCUGCCAGAUCUGAUGUUCUCGGAAGGAGACAUGCUGGGCAUCCAAGCGAUCAUUGGGAUGGCCAGUCUGUAUAACUCGAUGUUGUCCUUCAAGACCUCUUCGAUGCUGCUCUCCAUUGCGGUAAGACUUGCACAAGCAAGAGGCUUCCACCGUCGGGAUGAUACCCAGCCCACCGAAGUAGCAACCGCGCGACAGAAUACCUUUUGGAUUGCAUAUAUCUUGGAUAAAGGGACCAGUAUCCGAUUCGGGCAACCUCCCAUGAUAGACGAUGAUGAAAUCGGCAUUGACCUGCCCUCAACCGGGGCCGCCAGUGGUCCAGGAAGCCAUAGGGGGCUGCCGGAAGCGUCAUUCCUGCGCUGGAUGGCCGAAUUGGCGUUGAUACAGAGCAAGUUAUGCAAGUGGCUCUUUUCCGCGCGAUACCGUACGAAGCCAGCCAACCAGCGAUUGCACUGGACGGAUGAGCUACACCGUCUGUUAGAUGCCUGGAAAGCCGCGCUUCCCGAAAGACUCACUCUGAACUACUAUAAGAGUCAUAGCAAUGAUCGUAUCGAUCCCGUGCUAAACUUGCACAUGAACUACUAUUACACCGUCAUCUGCUUGCAUCGAGCCUCCUUAGGGAUCUCCCUGGAGCCGGAGCUCGAGAAAGCCCUCAAACAGAACUUCCUGAAGAAGGCCGAGCUGGGUGCCAGGCUUUGUCUUUCGUCGUCACGAGCAACGCUUGACUUGCUCAAGUACGGGAACGGGGCCCUGAUUAUGCAUUGGAUGACAUCGUGGUCAAUCGCUUUCCAUGUCCUCAUCGCUGCAUUCGUGUUGUUCGUCUACACGAUCGACAACCCAUCUUCCCCCGAAGCUCGGUCCAAUGUGGGCUAUCUGCGGCUAUUCGCCAAGUCGGUGCACCAAUCGCCCUUUGUCGGCAUCUCGCCCACUGGAAAUGGUCUGGUCGCGCUGGCCGAUGUGUUUGUGGACAUUGCCAUGUCCGCGAUCAGCGAGCGUGGUGGUGCACAUGCUGCUCCUUGCUCCCCUCCCUCCAUCCAAACCCCGGCGGCCACGUUGCCUGUUUCGGUGCCAGACGUUGCCCUUGGUGAUGCGGGAAUGAUUCCCAUGGUCCCUGGCGACCUGGAGGUUGACACGGAAUCCUUCCCCUCAGUGGAGGUAGCUUCGAAUAUUUUUGAUUGGUUCUUCCAACAGAGUUCUGCAUAAUAGAUGGGGACGUCCUUCCAAAUAAUACUCCACUUCCUUAUCAAACCAACUUGGUAACAAAGACUAAACGAAGCAAAGUGAGGGUAAGGGAGGUCCGACCCUUUUUCUCUCGGGUGAUUGUUUCACCCUCACCUCCGGCCACGGCCAUUGAUUAUGGAAACAGAACUUGAAACUGAAAGAUUUUAGGGAACAAACUUCCUGAAUCGAGACCA